GUGACACUGAACCCUGGGCGGCGGUCCUGGUCACUGAAUGUAUCUUUACAUGCUCCUGCGAUUCUUUGCCCGAGGCCAGGAAAAACAGGCCGUGACUACGCUGACCAAGAAGCAGAUCGCAACGUUUCGUGACCUUCGCCCUAGAACCGACUACGGAUUUCAGGUCCGCGCCAAGGUUUGCGUACCGACCCCCCUUAAAAGCUGCGGGUACAAGUCCUCCUAUGUGGAAGAGGAGCCGACGUCGAAAGUACACGUGGUAACUGUGAUGACGAUCGUCGGCGUGUUGUUUGUCGUCCUCGCCGCCCUGACUGUUUACUGGUUCCUGAUCCGGAAGAGACGAGGGGCUGAGGAUUGCAACAAGAAGCCGCCGAGUGACUGCGACACUCUCGAGUACCGCAACGGAGAAGUGCCUUGCCCGGCCGAAACCCCGCCAAUUAUUACGACUCACAUGACUAACAUGACCACUCCGCUUUUCACUCACGUCGGGACUCCGAGGACUUACGUGGACCCGCACACCUACGAAGAUCCGAAUCAAGCUGUGAAAGACUUUGCACGGGAAAUCGACGCUUCGUGCAUCACGAUUGAAGCAAUCAUUGGAGGCGUUGAGCAGAUGAGAAUACAGUUACCAGCGCCGAUGGACUGUCCGGAGGCAAUCCACCAACUCAUGUUGGACUGUUGGCAAAAGGACCGGACGAACCGACCAGCUUUCGGGUCCAUCGUCAUGACUCUGGACAAGCUUCUUCAGUGUCCGGAAACCUUGCGCAAGACUACCAUGAAUAGGCGCCCUCCUCCCUUGAACCCGUACUACACGGCGCCACUCAUGCUCGCGGAAGACGGCGCCUGGGUGCUGUACCCCAAGACUAAGCUUUACCCGAACCCAUACGGAAUUGAAGCCCCGGACUUGACCAAGUUUGCAAGCGUGGAAGAGUGGCUGUGUUCCAUCAAAAUGGGGCGUUAUUGGCCGAAUUUCCGGGCAACUGGCGUCGUGUCCUUGGAGCAGGUGGCCAAGCUGAACCAGGGCGAUUUGGAUGCCAUUGGGGUCGCCUUGCUUGGCCACCAGAAGAAGAUCCUCAACAGUGUUCAAACCAUGCGAGCGCAGAUGUCCAUGAACGUGUCCGAUGGGUUUCUUGUAUGAGCAACAUCCUCGUGCGGCGAAGGGUUUUUCUUUUUUUUUGUGAUCUCAAAGAGGCUCGAAUUUGUACUGCACGUCUACCCAUGAAGUAGGGGAGGAAAAAAUACCCAGGGUCUCCGCAUUUUCUGUCGGAAUAAGGGAAAAGCAAUUGGGGAAGUUUGAUGCCGCGCUCUUCGGGUAUGAUUUCCUCCGCUCACUUGCCUGGUGGUGACAUCUCGGCGAGUUCUUCCGCAAGUCUAUCAAAAAAAGUCGCGCGAGAAUAUCAGCAGAUAGUAGGUGUAUCGUGAUGUUUUUUAUUCGAUCGCUUUUUUGUCGCGGUUAACAUCAAAAAGAACAUUUUUAUGGUGACUUCUUAAUCCGCAUUUACUUUAUUUUCUUUUUUCAAGUGAGCGUACACUGAACGUAGUCCGUGAUUUUUACAAAUUUUUUUGUGUUGCGAUGAGAACUUCUUCCUUGUUAUCUUGUAAUACCACGAAGUUUCCGGUCAAGGAACCGGGCGGAAAAUUGUGAUCAAGGAAUGUGAUUUUUGGCGGAUUUGCUCGCGUGCAUGCCGGUUGAUGUGUAUUUUAGGCGGGGAUGAAUGAUUUUUAAUAGAUUUUGAGACUCGAUCGACGCGAAGGAUUCACACGUAUAGUCGCUUUUCGUUUCCAUUUUGCAAAAAUCGUUUGGAAUUUAGACUCUUCGACUAGCUGAAUUUUGUGCCUUUGACUAUUUUGGUAAGGAUACACGCACGUACAUCCGAUUUCGCGAGCAUUUGAUGAAAAGAGAUUCGAGAGUAACGGUUCUUUCUUGACAUCGUCGGCAUUUCCAGACAAUUUUCGACAUGCAGAAUGUGUAUUUGAGAGUCGUAUUCGAGUAUUUCUUUUCUCUUGAAUUUUUUCUGCGCCUUUUUGUUUCGUUAUCGGUCAGAUUUAUGCUGAAGCGUUUUUUGAGGAUUUCGACGCGAAUGAGAUUGUUGAGGAUUCUGAGUAAAAGUUGGUGACCUAAA